AUGCAGAGGAAGAAGAAGAAGAAAACAGGAGGCUUCAAGGCCCAGGCAGAGCGGCGGUUUGAGACAGUUGUGGAGAAAUUGAAGUCUCGAGAUGCAGACGGUCUCUGGGUGUCACUCGAUAAUUGCGACCUCCAUGAUUCCAGCAUGGCAACGCUCACAGAUGCGCUUGCCAGCAACACAACUGUCACAUCGCUCGACCUCUCCCACAACAGCAUCACCAGCGAAGGCGCCAAGGCGCUGUUUGGAGCCUUGGGAGCCGGCGCAGCCUCAGACCUCAUUGAGCUGGACAUCAGAGGCAACCCCUUCACCAGUGAUGACCACAAAAGCUUGGCUCAUUUGUGGAGUGCUAGGAAGCAGCUCACAGUGCUGGUGGGGGCGCUGAAGAGCGCGGUGCCUGCCGUGUCGGUGUCCCCGUUUGCGCUGCAAGCCAACAGCAUCGCAGACGACGAGGAGGAAGAAGAAGAGCAUAUCUGCAGCAAUGGCAAGGGAUACAACUCCCCCCUCAUUAUGCAAUUCUUCCAGAUGGGCAACGAUGACGAAGCAAAGCCGAAUGGGGUUGCUGUGGAGCCAGAAGAACCUGAGGAAGAGCCUGAAUUGGUGGCAGAGCGCUUGUGGGGCCAGGUAGAACAGGAGCUAGAGAAGGAUUCCGGCACAAGCUAUGUGCUGUCGGACGCUCUUCGAGAGAUCUGUUCUGCCAUCCAGGUUGAGAUGGCGGGUCUCCAACUGCCGAUGCUGGACAGCACCUGUGCAGACGACUUCAAGCCGCACACCACGCAUGCGUUCAGGCGGCUGCACCUGCUGCCUGCUGUGCUAGACCGAGUGCCUCGCCCUGUCGUCUGGCCCUCCUCCAACGGCAUCCCACAGGCUGCAGUAGGCAGCCACAGGCUUGCUGUUGCAGAGAUGGGAGCGCUGCUGGUCGGUGCUGGGGCUGUUGUACUGGACGAAGCGGUUGCAGGCACCGGGAUAACGCCGCGCCUCGUCCACCUCUGCUUUGCCCACCCUGCCAAUAACGCCCUGCACGCCGUCACCCUCAAGCUGCUCAGGGCUGCGCUGUCGAGCAAGAUCUCGGAUCUGUGGCGGCCGCUACUGGAGCUAGAAAUGGGCGCGGGAGUGAGCGACUGCGCUGCCGGCCAGAGCGCGGUGCCACCGCUGCAGCGCCAGCUGGCGGCGGUGGGCAUCGCCGCUGCAGACAUGCCCCAAGGCCGGCGUCUGCCGCUGUCGGGUUUUGUUGUGGCGGUCGCAGCGUUGCUGCAGGCACACUCGCGCGACGGGCUGGCCUCUGGCAUUCUGCAGGAGCGGCUGGAGGGGGACGAGGAGUGGAGGGACUUCACGGAGGAGGGCGGCGCGCUGCAGCGGCUGCUGCAGGAGCAGGAGGGGGGGGACCUGGGGGGCCCCCGACCGCGCGCGGAGCCGACGCUGGACGCGCCGCCGGCCUGCUACGGUGAGGACGGCGAGGAGGCGGCCGCGCUGCCCAACGGCUCCUACAUGUUCAAUUGCCGCGAGCUCAUGGGCAUGUUCCGCCACAUGCCACAGCUCUCCGUCACGCCGCGCGGCUGA